UUCACAUUAAUCCCACCACUUUAAAUAUAUAACUUUCUAAAAGUUCAAUUUUCUCAUAGCAAGUUAAGCCUCAAAAAAAUUAACAUAGAUAUAACCUUUUUUCUCUCUACAAAUUAAACCUUCACAAUUUCUGUUAAUUUCAAUCACAAAAUUUAAACAAUUUUUGUUAGGUCUCAAAAUGGAUAUGGUGAUGAAGUUGGGAGCAGAAAGUCCAGUGGUGAUUUUCACUAAGAGUACUUGUUGCAUAUCUCACAGUAUUGAAACCCUAAUUCGAAGUUUCGGAGCAAACCCUAAGGUUUAUGAGCUCGAUAACUUAGUUUCGAAUGGUGAAAUGGAGAAGGCAUUGGUUGAAUUACUAGGGUGUAAAUCAACUAGCGUGCCAGCAGUGUUCAUUGGAGAAGAGUUCGUUGGUGGUUCUAAUGAGAUUAUGAGUCUUAAUGUUAGAGGCAAGCUCAAACAAUUGCUUCUAAAGGCAAAUGCUAUUUGGAUAUAAAAAAUAUCAUGGCGGAAACAAAAUUUUCGAUAAAUUUUUUUUUUUGAAAUAUAUAAUAUAAAAGUAACUACAUGAAUAAGUUGAAGUAAAUUAAGUAUAUAAAUCAAUUAAUUACUAGUUAGCUAUUAUGUAUGUCUUUGGUGUUCCUUUUAUGUACUUAUAUAAUAAAACUUAGGGUAAUUAAUUAUUACUA